UUAUGUGAUAAACUGCCCCUCCCUGUUGAUUCAGAAUCUACUCAAUGGCAACUAGCACCAACAACCCCAUUUUACACUCAGUGACACUGAGACCCAGAGAUACCAAUGAACUUGUCCAGGAUCACACAUCUAGGUAGCAGCAGAAGCAGGACUAACCCUGGCAGACCAACAGACCAUACGCAUUAGUACCACACUGUUGCCCAGGCCUAAGAUACUGUAAUGGGUGAGGUAGAAGAGAGAGGGGCAGAGGCACUGGAGGAGAUCGUGUUUCCUGUAGGGACAGGUGGGGAGCCAGUUGUGAGGACAGACAAGUCUGAGCAUCCCCACAAGGAGAUCGCAAGGACAUCGUGUCCCUUUGUCUUUGCAGAUAUCGCUAACAAAGUCCUCUUGGCUCUGUUCACCUGUGAGAUGUUGGUAAAAAUGUACAGCUUGGGACUCCAGGCGUAUUUCGUCUCUCUUUUCAAUCGGUUUGAUUGCUUCGUGGUGUGUGGUGGAAUUACCGAAACUAUUUUAGUGGAACUGGAAAUCAUGUCUCCCCUGGGAAUCUCCGUGUUUCGGUGUGUGCGCCUUUUAAGAAUUUUCAAAGUGACCAGGCACUGGACUUCCCUCAGCAACCUCGUGGCGUCCUUGUUAAACUCCAUGAAGUCCAUCGCUUCACUGCUGCUUCUGCUCUUUCUCUUCAUCAUCAUCUUUUCCUUACUUGGGAUGCAGCUGUUUGGCGGCAAGUUUAAUUUUGAUGAAACGCAAACCAAGCGGAGUACUUUUGACAAUUUCCCUCAAGCGCUUUUAACAGUGUUCCAGAUCCUGACAGGUGAAGACUGGAAUGCUGUGAUGUAUGACGGCAUUAUGGCGUAUGGGGGCCCGUCCUCUUCAGGGAUGGUCGUCUGCAUCUACUUCAUCAUCCUCUUCAUUUGCGGUAACUGUAUCCUUCAACUCGCCAGGGCUUUGUUGUUUUGUUUUUCUCUCUCUGAAUUUCCCUGUGGUGGUGGUGGUAGCAGUUGUGCUGGGGACGUGGACGCCCUUACCUUGUUAGCUCAACACCUGCUUUUUCUUCAUUACUGCUACGGGGACAGUGUGGUAAAAGAGAGCCUGGAAAAUAAAAAGAACAACAAACCAGAAGUCAACCAGAUAGCCAACAGUGACAACAAGGUUACAAUUGAUGACUACCGAGAAGAGGAUGAGGACAAGGACCCCUACCCACCUUGUGAUGUGCCAGGUAUGAUACUGGGUUACUUUGACUAUGCUUUCACAGCCAUCUUUACUGUUGAAAUCCUGUUGAAGCAUGUUGUCCAGUGUGUCUUUGUGGCCAUCCGGACAAUCGGCAACAUCAUGAUCGUCACCACCCUUCUCCAGUUCAUGUUUGCCUGUAUUGGGGUCCAGUUGUUCAAGGGAAAGUUCUAUCGCUGCACAGAUGAAGCCAAAAGUAACCCUGAAGAAUGCAGGGGGCUUUUCAUUCUCUACAAGGAUGGGGAGGUCGAUAACCCUGUGGUGCGUGAGAGGAUCUGGCAGAACAGUGAUUUCAAUUUUGACAACGUCCUAUCUGCUAUGAUGGCACUUUUCACAGUCUCCACAUUUGAGGGCUGGCCUGCAGCAGCUGUGGGGUUGGCAGGUGCUCACUGGGUUUCUUUGCUCUCCAGAUUGCUGUAUAAAGCUAUUGACUCAAACGGUGAGAACGUCGGCCCGAUCUACAACUACCGCGUGGAGAUCUCCAUCUUCUUCAUCAUCUACAUCAUCAUUGUGGCUUUCUUCAUGAUGAACAUCUUUGUGGGUUUCGUCAUCGUUACGUUUCAGGAGCAGGGAGAAAAAGAGUAUAAGAACUGUGAGCUGGACAAAAAUCAGCGUCAGUGCGUUGAAUAUGCCUUGAAAGCUCGUCCUUUGCGGAGAUACAUCCCGAAAAACCCCUACCAGUACAAGUUCUGGUACGUGGUGAACUCCUCGCCUUUCGAAUACAUGAUGUUUGUCCUCAUCAUGCUCAACACACUCUGCUUGGCCAUGCAGCACUAUGAGCAGUCUAAGAUGUUUAAUGACGCCAUGGACAUCCUGAACAUGGUCUUCACUGGGGUGUUCACCGUUGAGAUGGUUUUAAAAGUCAUUGCAUUUAAACCUAAGGGGUAUUUUAGUGAUGCCUGGAACACGUUUGACUCCCUCAUCGUAAUCGGCAGCAUUAUAGACGUGGCCCUCAGCGAAGCGGACUCCAGCACCCCUCCUCCCAUGCCUGGCCAGGAAGGGGCCGCCACGCCAUACCUGCUGACCUCUGCGGGACUAUGA